AUGGCUCUGAGUGGAAACUGUAGUCGUUAUUAUCCUCGAGAACAAGGGGCUGCGGUUCCCAACUCCUUCCCUGAGGUUGUGGAGCUGAACGUUGGGGGUCAAGUUUAUUUCACUCGCCAUUCCACAUUAAUAAGCAUCCCUCAUUCCCUCCUGUGGAAAAUGUUUUCCCCAAAGAGAGACACAGCUAACGAUCUAGCCAAGGACUCCAAGGGAAGGUUUUUCAUUGACAGAGAUGGAUUCCUGUUCCGUUAUAUUCUGGACUAUCUCAGGGACAGGCAGGUGGUCCUGCCUGAUCACUUUCCAGAAAGGGGAAGACUGAAAAGGGAAGCUGAGUACUUCCAGCUCCCAGACUUGGUCAAACUCCUGACCCCUGAUGAAAUCAAGCAAAGCCCAGAUGAAUUCUGCCAUAGUGACUUUGAAGAUGCCUCCCAAGGAAGUGACACGAGAAUAUGCCCCCCUUCCUCGCUACUCCCUGCUGACCGCAAGUGGGGUUUUAUUACUGUGGGAUACAGGGGGUCCUGCACCAUGGGCAGAGAGGGGCAGGCGGAUGCCAAGUUUCGGAGAGUUCCCCGGAUUUUGGUUUGUGGAAGGAUUUCCUUGGCAAAGGAGGUCUUUGGAGAAACUUUGAAUGAGAGCAGAGACCCUGACAGAGCCCCCGAAAGAUACACCUCCAGAUUUUAUCUCAAAUUCAGGCAUCUGGAAAGGGCUUUUGAUAUGUUGUCAGAAUGUGGAUUCCACAUGGUGGCCUGUAACUCCUCAGUGACAGCAUCUUUCGUCAACCAAUACACAGAUGACAAGGUCUGGUCAAGUUACACUGAGUACGUCUUCUAUCGUGAGCCAUCUAGGUGGUCAUCCUCGCACUGUGAUUGCUGCUGCAAGAAUGGCAAGGGUGACAAAGAAGGAGAGAGUGGCACCUCUUGCAAUGACCUCUCCAGCUCCAGCUGCGACAGCCAGUCUGAGGCCAGCUCUCCCCAGGAGACAGUCAUCUGUGGGCCUGUGACGCGCCAGACCAACAUCCAGACUCUGGACCGUCCCAUCAAGAAGGGCCCCGUCCAACUGAUCCAGCAGUCAGAGAUGCGACGGAAAAGUGAUCUGCUCCGGACUCUGACUUCGGGCUCCAGGGAGUCGAACGUGAGCAGCAAAAAAAAACCUGUUAAGGAAAAGCUCUCAAUUGAGGAAGAGCUGGAGAAAUGCAUCCAGGAUUUCCUGAAGAUCAAAAUCCCAGAGAGGUUCCCUGAGCGAAAACAUCCAUGGCAAUCUGAACUUUUGCGGAAGUAUCAUCUAUAG